AUGAUUUUGACAGUAGGUUGUAAACACGAUGUGGAUCAUGCUCUUUCAAAUAUCCCAAACAUACCUACCGGCUUCUAUGUGAAAAAGUAUGAGUGUCCACAUGUCGACUGUAAUGCGACCAUUCAGGACAAAGGCGAAUAUGACAAACAUUUCCAAACGCACGAUAAACCAUUUCGUUAUCAAUGCAAACUUCCCGAUUCAGCGGAAGGAAAUCCGCAGUUAGGACAUACUUUGGCAGACACACGAAACCAUCACAUUGCCGGUCAAGGUUUAGCAGCUCAACAAGAUCGCUCAAGUGGUGGGUAUCCCCCAGAAAACUUUAACAUCUUCGAUGUGUUAACAUUAACGAUAUUAACAUCCUCGACAAUGCUAACCUCCCCGACGACUUCGAAAUAUUUUGGCACCAGUGAAAACUGUCUGCUUGCAGUAUAUUAA